AUGAAUCAGAAAGUUCUUCUCUUCAUGCUCUUUCUAUCCUUUCUAGCAAUUUUUGCUUUCGUAUGUAUCUUGUUGACCAGAGGCGGAAAAUGUGAGAGCUGUGCUUCCCAGUCUCAAGCUUUAACUGAGCAUCUAAAUAGCAAAUGGAGUUGUCUCUUUGCUGAUUUAUCACAAGAGGAAUUAGUCCAUGUAGUACAGUAUUUGAAAUCCAACCUUGGAGCAACCUUGGAAGAUGCUUCUCAUGCAAAGCCUUCUGAUAACUGCAUUUACUCUGUUGAUUUGGAGUUGCCCUCUAAAGCAGACGCUUUAUCAUUUUUGGAUCAUGGAGGAAGAUGCCCAGCUAGGCAGGCUUUGGUUGUAGUGUAUUUUGGAAAUCAGCCAGAUCCAAAUGUUACUGAAUAUGUGGUGGGUCCCCUCCCACAACCAAUGUAUCACCAGGAUGUGACAGUGCAAAAAUAUGGAGGAAAAGUGCCAUAUUAUCGCAGGCCUUCACUGAUUGCUGAACACAAGCAGAUGGCCCACUUUCUGCAGAGUACAUUGUUCCCCACAGCCCCAAGCUUCAUGCGUGAAGUAUUGAACUACGAUGGAGCCAAUCUAGCAGCAAUGACUACAUCGCCAAAGGGAAUGAAAUCUGGGGAUCGGGCAACUUGGUUGAUUCUGUACCAGAAUGUAACUGGUUACUUUUUACAUCCUGUUGGGCUUGAAGUGCUCAUAGAUCACAGAAGCCUGGAUAUUACCCAUUGGAUUGUCAAGAAAGUGUUCUAUGGUGAUCAAUAUUAUAGGGACAUGGCGCAAUUGGAAAGAGAAUUCACAGAAGGGCAUCUGCAUGUGGAAAAGGUGAACAGAAUUCCAGCUGAUGGGGGAUUCUCCUCAAUGAAACCCAGGGUGCAUCAUGCCAAACUCCAUUCCCUGAAUUAUGAACUUUUUGGACCACGUUACAGUGUGAAAAACAACCAAGUCCACUCUGCAUUGUGGAGUUUUGCCUACCGAAUGGAUUUGCAUAGAGGACCACAACUUUUUGACAUUAGGUUCAAAAAUGAAAGGGUUGUGUAUGAGCUCAGCAUGCAAGAUGCUAUGUCCGUCUAUGGCUCCAACAACCCUGGUGGGAUGUCUAUUAGAUACAUGGAUGGGAGUUUUGGAAUUGGAAAGUUCUCGUCUCCUCUUAUGCGAGGGCUUGACUGCCCUUAUUCUGCUACUUAUCUUAAUGUUACCUUACUAGCAGAAGUAGAAAGACCUCUUAUUACUCGUGAUGCUAUUUGUGUUUUUGAACAGGAUAUGGGGGUUCCAUUUCGGCGUCAUUUUUCCAAACUUCACUCUCUGUAUUAUGGAGGGCUACAAAGCACAGCAUUGGUCUUUCGCUCUGUGUCCACCAUUGGUAAUUAUGACUAUAUCUGGGACUUUGUAUUUUAUCCAAAUGGAGCCAUUGAAAACAAAGUCCGUGCCACUGGUUAUAUAAGUUCAUCUUAUCUCCAUGAUGAUGGGCUAGAAUAUGGAAACAGAGUUGGAGACUACACUCUAGGAACAAUUCAUACACACUUUGUUGGCUUCAAGGUAGAUCUAGAUAUCGCUGGUGAUAAUGCAUUUGUCCUCUGA